UUAGCUCCCGCAAGGCUUGGCAAGUAGUGUGAGAGCGCAGGCGCGGUUUGCCCCUCGCUGAGCGCGGAGUAGCGGAGCGGGACCCGUGGCAAUCAUCAUCCAGAUCUUGCCAGAGGCCAUAAGAAAACAUGGGCAGAGUUUUCCUCACAGGAGAAAGGGCCAAUUCAGUUUUAAAACGUUACCCAAGAGCUAAUGGCCUUUUUGAAGAAAUCAGACAGGGCAACAUUGAACGAGAGUGCAAAGAGGAAAUCUGCACAUAUGAAGAAGCCAGAGAAGCUUUUGAAAAUAUUGAAAAAACAAGGGAGUUUUGGAGCACCUACACAAAAGCGCAGCAAGGAGAGACUAACAGAGGAAGUGACUGGUUUCAGUUUUAUCUAACGUUUCCAUUAAUCUUUGGUCUUUUUAUUAUCCUUCUUGUCAUUUUUCUAAUCUGGAGAUGUUUCUUAAGAAACAAAACUCGUAGACAAACAGUGACUGAAGACCACAUUCCAUUCCCACAGCAUCUUAAUAUCAUCACUCCACCUCUCCCACCAGAUGAAGUAUUCGAUGGCAGUGGAUUGUCUCCAAGUUUUCUGGAAUAUGUAGUUGGACGCUCAGAUUCUGUCUCCACUCGCCUGUCCAACUGUGAUCCCCCACCAACCUAUGAGGAAGCCACUGGCCAGGUGAACCUGCAAAGAAGUGAAACAGAGCCUCAUUUAGAUCCACCCCCAGAGUAUGAAGACAUAGUCAACUCUAACUCAGCCAGUGCCAUUGCUAUGGUGCCUGUGGAAACCACCAUCAAAUGAAGCUGUGCAAACUUCUUUUUACUUUAAUCAUUUUUAAAAUACUAAUGAAAAAACUUUCUAGCACUUUACCACUACAUAAAUGUGUAUUGACUUAUUUUAUUAGACUCUUACAGCAUACCACUUCACAUUUAACUGGUUUGAUUUUCCUUAUUUUUUUUUCUAUUUUAUAAUUGUUACUCAUGCUUAAUUAGUAGAGAUCUUCAUGUGACAUAAUGAGAGCUGCAUAUUCAUGUGUGAAUAUAUGCAUAUACAUGCACACAUGUGUAUCAGUCCUGUAUGUGUGCAAUUGUCUUCACAUCCAUUAACACUCGCAUCUAAAUUACCUAUAAAGACAGCAUUACUCACUAAAUUUGGAAGAAGAAAAAAAGAGGCACCAACAACUUACGUAACAGAUAGUGAGCAACAUGCUGUAGAAAUUUGCCAAAAGGUUGUUUUUAGAAGGUUUCCUUAUUCUUACAGGUUUAACCUUCUGAUUCUUUUCUUUUCAAAGGGAAAACUGCUCAGAGUCAUUCUCCAUUUUAGAAACAUCUCAGAAAGAGAACAGUGCUCAAAACAAAAACUUCCUUCCAGCCAAGAAAGUGAUUGGUCACUAAUGGUAUUUCGCUCAUUUUAUACUUGAGAUUUUCUUCUUGUUUGAUGCCUUCCCCCACUCUAAUUAAACAGUAUGCUUAUUUAGCAUCCCAUACUAUUUGUACUAACAUUUUGAUGGGGAGAAUUUCCUGGCAUGGAAUAAUUUCUAAAGUGGAUAUAGGGAUUAAUGAUAUUCAGUAGAUAGUGUUGGUUUACACUUUUUCUCACUAGGAAGGGACAAAAGUUAUUUUCUUCUCACUGUUUCAUUGUAUUUUACUCUACUGUUUAUUCUGUCUUUACCAUCACAGAUUCUUCAAGCACCCAAGAAUUUAAGUUAGAAUAAAAAUUUUUAAUUACUUUCUUAAUAUUUUUGUACAGGCUGCAAUAUUUGUCCAAGAUUAUUAGAAGACAAUUUUUCAUUAAAUUCAAAACUGAUUUUUGUAUUGUUCAAUUGGUGGAAGAAGAAUACUAAGUGUGUUGUAGCAGGUGCACACUAGAUCUAAGUAUGGAUCCAACACAUAACAAUGUCAUUAUAUUAGCUAUUUCAUUUUGCAUUUUUGUCAGAUUUUUUUCUAACUGUUGGAAUUUUACAUUUCUCUUGGAGCAGAGGGAAUAGGCUGCGAAUGAACAGCCAACAGAAACUGGAUCAGAAAAAUAAAAGCGUGAAAUGAGACAAUGUGUGUACAAGUACUUUGUAUAGUAAGAAGAUCUUUCAAGUAUAAGACACUAAUAUUAUUAUGUUAUUAUGGUAUAUUGGGAUGAGCUUCUCCUUCUCUUUCCCUAAAAUUAACCAGAGAUUUCUUUAUAUUGUUGAAUUGAGCAGAUUGCUCCAAAAAUAGCUAAUAUCUUCCUAAUCUGAGUGUGCAAGCUGUUACUUGGCCAUAAUCUUGUCUGUAUAGACUUGUGCCAGUUUAAAGAUGAUUACCAACUCAGUAUGAAUAGGGAAAAGUUUUGGAUUGCAUGCUAAAUUUGCAGUUAAUAGCUUUCCUAGACUAAGAAUGAUUAUAUCUUAAUAAUAGCCUCAUAAAAUACAUGGUGAUCUUUGGUUUCUAAUUAAGUCUGAAGGUAGAAUUGUUUGAUCCAGUGAGUUAUGUAGGCAUGUGUGGAGUUUAUGGUUUGUUUUUACAAGAAAAAUGAAGGGCCCUUUAGUGUGCAAUAGUUUGUCAUUAAUAUUAAGCUUUAUAUAAGACCAGCAGUUUUCAAAGUGUGGCCAAUGAACCCUUAGUACCCUUCAUAAAAGCCAUUCAGGGACUCUGGAAGGAGACCAAAAAAUUUGAAAACUACAAGAUUAGACAAAGAAAUGAAUUCUUCAUACUGAGUAUCUUAUUACAACUUAUUGUACUUUCUAAACUCCUGAUGUUGAGUUAAUGCUGCAUCUUAAAGAUACCUGAAUUGCAGUAUAAUAACAAAUGCUAAUCCUGGAAGCAAAAACCUAAAGUUUAAACAAACAUGGCUAAUGAAAACACUACUCCAUAGUAACAACUGUAUUGGCCACAAUCUCAUGGCAGCUUUUGCAUAGUAAUGAGAGAAUAAACAAAAUACCACUUUCUUCAAACAUUAUCCUAGUUUUGUUUGAAUGGUUUGCGUUUUAUUAUUUUUUUUACAAAGAUCCCUUUUGCUACCUUAUCUGGUUUUAUAAACCGAGUUUCUGAACAUUUAUUAUAAUUAAGGGACUUAUCUGGAAUAAUAUAUAUUUUUGUGCUUUUGCCUUUCUUACCUGAUUCAUAUUACAUUCGCUUUUGAUCGUUUUUUAAUAAAGGUUUAUUUUUGCAAAAUAUAUUUAGUAUAUAGUAACUUAAAUAGUAACUAAAUUGAAUCAACCUAUUUGUAUUUAAAUAAAAGGAUGUGCUCGUUGGUCUUCCAGUAGAGUGAUUUCUAAGUCUUUACAUGCAGUGGUUGUAUCUAGAAUUCUAUAACUGGCAUCUUUUGCUUCCCUGCUCUAAAUAUCACAAGAAAUUGUAUUUGUUUUCUAUCGACCAAUGCAAAUAAGAGAUUUUGUGUUUUAUUGCUAAUAGUGACUUCUUUAAGAUUGAUGACCUGAUCAAAUAACUAUUGAAGUAGCAUGUAUUUUAUUAUACUAUUUCACAUUUUAAAUGCUUGGUUUACAUUAAAUUAUGGUAUUUAACUUUUAUGUUUAUACUAGAUAUGGUUUUCUUAGGUUUCUGUGUUCUUGGUAUGCUAAAUAAAGCUAUUUUUAAACUCAA